AUGCUUGUCUGCGUGCGCGAGUUCGACAAGUCCGAGCUAUCGGCGUGGAAUCGCAAGUCGGUCACUCCGCAGCAUUUCGAGCGUUACUACUCUCUUUACGCGACUGAGACCAGCGUCACCAUCGUGGAUGUCGGGGACAGUCGCGCGCGUAAAACAGUGAACUACGAUGUCCUCACUAGAUCGUCGAUGCAGCUGCACGAGCAGGUCGUCGAGCCGCUCCUCAUGACAGUGCUGACCCCCAACCGCGCGUCACAAGCAGUUGUCGUGAUUGAUGGUCAGCCUUGGCAUCGUCGCUACACGCUACUAGAUCCCGUAGAGGGCCUCCUGGCGCGCACCGCACGCGCCGCUGUUGCCCAUCCAGAUAUCACCUCCGUGUCUGUGAGCGCUGUCACGCUGGAGGACAACAACACACUGACCGAUAUCAUGCCAGACCGGAACUUCGAUGCCGCGGGUGGCCAGCCAACCAUACUCGAGGACACACGGGAGCAGUUCACAUCGGUCGAGGACGCGCACUACAUUGUGUUGGACUCAGAAUCCACCUGGGACGGCGUGCUGCGCCGCAUGACUGCCGCCUUCCCCGAGCUCAAGCAUCAGGUCAUUAGUUUCAUUUUCGCGUUUCAUGAGUCGACCGGCUUGCCUAACACCACCAUGCAGUUUGUGUCCUUCACGGUGAACGAGGUCGCACGUGGGAUGAAGUCGUCUCGGCACGCUGUCUCUUCGGCGGCGGCCUUGGUGGAGUGCCGCUCACCAACGGUCACCUUCACGGCAACCAAGUUGCUUUAUCUUUUGAAGCCGACGCUGCUAGGCCAGCAACCGGGUGUGUGGGUUGCGUGCUUUUCCCCCGUCAGCUUGCUAGAGGCAACGGAGACGGAGACAUUCCAAGAGGCGUUCGCCGUGGCGCAAACGGCCGCGCGGCUGUACAGCUCCCGCAUUGCUGUUCUAAGCGGAUGUGGUUUUCCUCCGGUUGGCGGCCAUGUCUCGCCGAUAGUGGGUGCGAACGGCGUGCGCGAUUGUGCCGUUGAAUCUGCGCCGUUGUCAGGCGUGGAAGGCGGAGCUGUUCACCCGACUGCUGCGCCGUUUCGGUCAAGCCCUAGAGAAAAGCCGCAGGCUUCUUUCAUGGCUGCAUCUCGCGGUACGUCGGAGAAUCGCCAGCGUGACGAUUCCGCUCACCGCGCCGCUGAUCAGCACCACCUUGUGGACACGCCUGCCGCCAUGCAGGGGCGAAUUGAUGAGAGCGCCUACAGCUGCGCUGCUGCGUCGUCGGCGGCGCCCUCUUCAGACAACUCAAGGGGCGCAAAUGAUCAGUGUGCAGUGCCGGCAGAACCAGAGGUGCAGGGGGCACCUGCACCUCGCGAGGCGAUCCAACGUGGCGCCUCGCAAGAGCGCGCAGCCGCACGGUACGAGCUUGACACAUAUCGGGCGGUGAUGGAACGGGCUAUGGGCAAGCUACGCGCCGAGAUGCGCCAGUACGCGGGCGAGUUGCGCGACGCGAAGGAAGAGGUAAAGCGACAGAAGAAGAAGAGCCGUGAGCUGCAGUCAGAACUGGACGCGGUGCUGUCAUCCUAUGAUGCUGCUGUCAGCGAGAACGAAGGACUGCGCCGGGAGCUUCGUUCCCAGCAUCACAUGUUUGAGGACAGGCUUUUCGGGAUGUUGCAGGGAAACUUGUCCUGCCCAGCAGCACAACAACUAAGGGACAAGCAACAGGGAGAGAAACAGGCGAUGAUGACCCAAGAUGCAGAUGACCAGACGGCACGCGUUCUGCGAAGCGAUUUGGCACUCCGUGAUGCACGCGUGAAAGAGUUGACGGAGCUCGUCGGGCUUCACCAGAGUGAGAUUCAGGUGCACGUGGCGAACGAGCAGAGGUAUCGGCAGCGAAUUCUCGAUCUCGAGUCGGAGUUGCGCGAGAAAGAGCGAGAGGCCAUUGCCGACAAGGCCGCUGUAAAGGAGGCGCGGCGUGCGGCAGACGCUGUACAGGCAGCAGCUGAGGCGCUGCCAGCGCUGUCACGUGCCGCACAGAUGAGCAGCGCCACCGCACAAGAGGACCUACGUAGCGUGGAGGAGCGUGCCACAGAGCUAGAGUAUCGACUACGUGACACACUUGACGAGUUGCAGAGUGAGCGCACUCGGCGGCUGCGCCUCGAGCACCUCAUGAAGCGACGCGAAGAGGAGGAGGUGGCGCAAGCGGCACUCCAAGAAGACGAUAACCGUCUGCGAGACCUGCAGCAUACAUACGAGAUGCAACUUCGUGAGCUGAAGGCUGAGAUGACCGAUUUUCGAGCAGAGGUCUUGCAGCACCUGCCAAAGGCGUCCGUGCCGCCAAACCUCGGUGGUGCCUCCACUAACGCCACCACGCCAGUAGACCGUCAAGGCCGUGAUGACCCUGCGGGUGUCAACCUGCAGCGAUUGACACCGCCGUGCAUGUCUCCCAUCCCGGAUGCUUCUUCGACGAACUUCUUGCAUGCUCGCGACGACGUCUCUGUGCAGAGUCAUGAGGGCACUAGUACGGCUGCGGCACUCUUGCAGCAGCGCCGCCAGCGGAGCGUACAGUCCUUUGAAGAGUUUAUGCAGGAGGAGCCGCAGUAUAAACUACACCGCGCCCCUUAUUUGCGCCGGCGUCCACGUCCCCCUGCUGCGUAG